CUUACUUACAGUGGAAGGACGUGGCGUGAUUAUCCAAUGGCGACAUGAAAGUAUGCGCGUAUUUAUAAUAUACAAUUGUAGCAACUGAAGAGAAUGGAUAAACACAGCACAACACAGGUGUAGCCAUAGAGAGAGAGAGAGAAUAGUCGCAUUAUUGAUUCGCAGAAGAUAAGGGAUGUUUGGGUUAAUCGGAAGAAAGGCCAAUUUGUUGGGAGGAUCGGGAAGAAGGUGGUUGAACUUGGCAGCAGCAACAGCAACAACCAUUACUAAUGGUGGGGCCAUGGAGGAGUUACUUGCGCAACUGCAAUCCAACGUUCAGAAGGCUCUUGCCGGUGGAGGACCCGAGGCUGUGAAGAGGAACAGGAGCAGGAAUAAAUUUCUUCCCCGCGAAAGAAUCGAUCGCCUUCUUGAUCCUGGCUCUUCCUUCCUCGAGCUUUCACAGCUGGCAGGACAUGACUUGUAUGAAGAGCCCUUGCCUUCUGGAGGGGUUGUUACUGGGAUAGGUCCUGUGCAUGGGCGACUGUGUAUGUUUGUGGCCAAUGAUCCCACUGUGAAGGGAGGGACUUACUAUCCCAUUACUGUUAAGAAGCACCUCAGGGCACAGGAGAUUGCUGCUCAGUGCAAAUUGCCCUGUGUAUAUCUUGUUGACAGUGGAGGAGCUUUUCUUCCCAAGCAAGCUGAAGUGUUUCCAGACAAAGAAAACUUUGGUAGAAUAUUCUACAAUCAGGCUUUAAUGUCUGCUGAAGGAAUUCCUCAAAUUGCAUUGGUAUUGGGCUCUUGCACUGCCGGUGGGGCAUAUAUACCGGCAAUGGCUGAUGAAAGUGUGAUGGUCAAGGGUAACGGCACCAUUUUUUUAGCAGGGCCACCUCUUGUUAAGGCUGCUACUGGUGAAGAAGUAUCGGCAGAGGAUCUGGGAGGUGCUACUGUGCACUGCAAGACGUCCGGUGUUUCUGAUUAUUUUGCUCAAGAUGAACUCCAUGCACUUGCGCUUGGGAGGAAUAUAAUUAAGAAUUUGCAUAUGGCUGGGAAAGAUCCCUUGGCAAAUGGAUUGCAAAAUAUAAACUAUGAAUAUAAAGAGCCGUUGUAUGAUGUCAAUGAACUUCGUUCUAUUGCUCCCACUGAUCUUAAGAAACAGUUUGAUAUCCGAUCAGUUAUUGAUCGAAUUGUUGAUGGAAGUGAAUUUGAUGAAUUCAAGAAAUUGUAUGGCACUACACUUGUAACGGGAUUUGCUAGGAUUUUCGGACAGCCUGUUGGAAUUAUUGGAAACAACGGGAUUUUAUUCAACGAAUCUGCACUGAAAGGGGCCCAUUUCAUUGAAUUAUGCACUCAACGUAACAUUCCCUUGGUCUUCCUUCAGAACAUCACUGGAUUCAUGGUUGGCUCAAGAUCUGAGGCAAAUGGCAUAGCAAAGUCUGGAGCAAAAAUGGUUAUGGCUGUUUCUUGUGCAAAGGUACCAAAAGUCACUAUAAUGGUUGGAGGAAGCUUCGGUGCAGGAAAUUAUGCAAUGUGUGGUCGUGCCUAUAGUCCAAAUUUCUUGUUCCUUUGGCCUAAUGCUAGAAUAUCUGUGAUGGGUGGUGCUCAGGCUGCUGGUGUACUGUCUCAAAUAGAGAAAGGCAACAAGAAAAAGCAAGGAAUUCAGCAGUGGAAUAAGGAAGAAGAGGAAAAGUUCAAAGCGAAAGUGGUGGAGGCUUAUGAGAAAGAAGCAAGUCCUUAUUACUCAACAGCACGGCUAUGGGACGAUGGAAUCAUUGAUCCAGCGGAUACAAGAAAAGUCAUUGGUCUCUGCAUCUCUGCCUCCCCUAACCUUGCCAUUGAAAAAACAAAAUAUGGUGUAUUUAGAAUGUGAAUUUCAAAUUUUAUUGUUGCAGCACACGGGGUUAUCUGUUGUUAUUAAGAAAGAAAGAAUAUGUGGGCGUACCAUACAAUGUCAAUAAAAGUGUUUCUUGCACGUCA